AUGAUCUUGACACGCAGUGUUGUUCUGGGAUUUCUGGGCUCAGCGUCCUUGGCCCUCGCCUCUCCGGUUGCCGAACUGGCUGAAGGGAGCAGACUCACCCCUCGUGGAUCUGCAUGCAGCUAUUCGGGAGCCAGUGGUGCAGCAGCAGCGAUAGCUGGAAAGGCAGGUUGCUCCAGUAUUACUCUCAACAACGUUGUAGUGCCUGCCGGGACUACGCUGGAUUUGACUGGUCUGGCCUCGGGUACCAAGGUGAUUUUUGAGGGAACCACUACUUUCGGCUAUAAGCAGUGGGCUGGCCCUCUGAUCUCCAUCUCUGGAACCAACAUCCAAGUUUCUGGAGCUUCCGGUCACCUCAUCGAUGGCCAAGGUUCCCGCUGGUGGGACGGAGAGGGUUCCAACAGCAAGACCAACAUCAAGCCUAAGUUCUUCUUCGCCCACAGUCUCAAGGGAUCCUCCACUAUCACCGGGUUGAACAUCAAGGAUUCUCCCGUUCAGGUCUUCAGCAUCUCUGGCUCGUCCGGUCUCACAAUCAGUGGUGUCACAAUUGACAACAAGAAUGGUGAUACGAACUCUCUUGGUCACAAUACCGAUGGGUUCGAUAUCGGCGACAGUGAUAGCAUUACCAUCACUGGUGCUACGGUUUAUAACCAAGACGACUGCCUUGCUAUCAAUUCUGGAACGAACAUUGUCUUUUCCGGGGGUUACUGCUCUGGUGGGCACGGAUUGUCUAUCGGCUCAGUCGGUGGCCGUUCCAAUAAUGUGGUAGAGACCGUCCAUAUCAGCAGCACCCAGGUCGUCAACUCUCAGAAUGGUGUCCGUGUCAAGGCUGUCUCUGGUGCCACCGGUACUAUCAAAGGCGUGACUUUCCAGGAUAUUACCCUCUCCGGCAUUACGAGCCAGGGAAUCACCAUCCGCCAAGACUACACCAACUCUGGCUACACUGGAAGCCCCACGACCGGGGUUCCAAUCACUGGUCUCACCUUGAACAAUGUGCACGGCACGGUCACAUCCAAGGGUACCGAUAUCACCAUCGAGUGUGGAAGUUCUGCCAGUUGCUCAGGCUGGACUUGGACUAAGGUUGCAGUGUCUGGCGGUAAGGCGGAUGUGUGCAAGAAUGCACCUUCCGGCACUUGCUAA